AUUUCCGAAAAAUUGCUUAUUAGUGUAUAUGAACAUCUUUGGGUGAUGUCCCAAAGAAAGUCUUCUGAUUGGUUAUGCGGACUGCUAAGCCCGAUCUACAAGGCUGGGCCGCGCUAAGAUUUCGGCUGACAAGAGUCAGAAAUAGGAAAAGCACUGUUCAUGAUGCCAGCACCAAAGAAACCUCACGAAUUUGACGAUGGCCGAUGUCGACGAAGACGCAGCUUUAAGGUCAUCUCAACCAACAGCAAACGACGAGACCGAGUUAGGUGACGAAUUCCAAGACUUUCGCUUUCUUGCAGCUUUGACAGCAAAGUCUGGCGGCCAGCUACCUAAACGCGGAGAGAAGGAUUUCGAACCACAUGGCACGAAACACCAAGAUGGCAUACUGUCAGCUAGCAGGCAGGCUAUGCAUGAUGCACUGAGCUAUACACGGGUCCACACAUCGAAACAAUACAAUCGCGCAUUCUAUUACGGGGAGGAGGGCUUACCCAGAGAUGAGGUUAUUCGAGAGGAUUGGAGACAAGGCUUAGAUGACGACCAUGUCAUCCUCGUAGAGUCAGACAAAGGGCCACACUUCAAAACAAUGGGCAAGACGAAUACAGGCAAGAGGGAUCCUGGAAUAUGGCUAUUGCCAGAAGAGGCGCUCUACCUGGUUGAGCGAGGGAAUCUGGAUCUCUGGUGGCCUUCUCGAUCCUCCUACACGAGCGUUGUUCCUGACGAGGAUAAUACAGACAUGAAGGAGAAGGUUGACACACAGGACGAGGUAGAUGAAGGCUUUCCUAUGAGUUUACAAGCUGCAUUCUCUAUGUUGAUCGGUCAAGAUGGCGAGAGAGGCAAAGUUAGCCUGGAAAGAUACACUGUCUACGCACAUCUCAAGCGGAUGGGCUAUGCUAUACUCAGAGCUUCUGAUUGGGAUGUCACACAACCUGGGAAGCCACAAAGCCAUCAAGUGGAAUUAAUUUCUGAACCAACAAGCGCUUUCUCUUGGCUAUUUGGGAAAUUCUUUGCAGAAAAGGAGAUCCAACACUCUCAAUAUGGACCGUUGGUCAAGCCAGGAAUGUACAGGUCAUACAACUCGAUUUAUCGUCAAAUCGCAGUCAUUCCUAGACACAAGCCUAACCCGAAUCCUUCAGCUCCUGCACCAAUACCAAAUGAUCCUUAUCGGGUCGUGUUCCUAUUAUGGAAGCCUAGUAGACUCCCCACAUUCGCCAAAAGCAACCCUGGGCUUCCAGACUUCCGGGUUGCUAUUACUGAUGCGCGGUCGACUUGUGUUCCCUCCCUUGGGCAAAUCAGCUCUCUGUUGGAAAGCACCCCUUGGGCUCCCCCAAAAGGCAGUGAAUUUGAGGGCCAAGGCAAGGUGUACCAACGGUUAAAGAAUGGUUGGCGCAAUGUUGUGUUGGCGGUAAUUGACCAGGGCGUCAUUAGCUAUUUGCGAUUAGGGGAGGUUGCUUUUGGCGAUGAACGCAUGUACGAGCGAUUUGACGCAGGUGGUAAUUCUGGGUCAAAGAGAGGCGGUGGCGCAGGGCGAGGUGGUCGUGGCAGAGGGAAAGGCCGCCGGUGAUUAGGCAUGGAACAUGAACAUGGCAUGGCAUGUGAAUUGAUUGUGUAAGGUGUAAUAUGGCUCCUACCUAUUGGGUUGGACUUAGAUUAAUCAAGCGGGCGCACUCGAUUUAGCAAUUACAAUGCAGAAAUAAUCGAGGCGCGGCUUCCUGCAGCUGGUGCAGGUUGCCAAACAAAAAAGAUAAUAAAUCACUCAGUCGUUGUCGG